CCAAGCAGGAGCCGGCCCUGGAUGCCCCACACCAGAUGGGCGCAGCACUCAUGCCCACUGGGGAGAUGGGGCUCUGCGGGGUCACCAUUGCAAUACGGGGCUGGACAGGCAUGGGCCUCCCACUUCCCUCUGCCUUCUCCCAGCAGCAGGGCGCUGUCCCCGAUGUCCCUGCCGCCUUCCUCUCCAGAAUGGCUCAGCUGAGCCCAGGGCUGGCUCCUGGCUCCAGCCCUUCCCAGGCAGUGCCGGUGCCGGUGCCACUGGUCCCCAAGGCAGAGCAGCUGUCCCCCACGUCGGUGUGUGGCAGCGACUUGCCCAAGCCCGGCCAGGCUUCCCCAGGACCUGCUGUGGGGCUGGGCACUGGCAUCUCCCUGCACCAUCCUGUGUCCCGUCAGGGCAGGCCCGGGUCCAGCAAGAUGCAGAGUCGCCGCAUCACGCACAUCUCUGCUGAGCAGAAGAGACGCUUCAACAUCAAGCUGGGCUUUGACACACUGCACAGCCUGGUGAGCACGCUGAGCGCCCAGCCCAGCAUCAAGGUCAGCAAGGCCACCACCCUGCAGAAGACAGCCGAGUACAUCUGCAAGCUGCAGCAGGAGCGGGCAGCCCUGCAGGACGAGGCACAGCGGCUGCGGGAGCAGAUCGAGGAGCUCAAUGGCUCCAUCAACCUGUGCCAGGAGCAGCUGCCGGCCACGGGGGUGCCCAUCACACGCCAGCGCUUCGAGCAGAUGCGCAGCAUGUUUGACGAGUACGUUCGCUCCUCCACGCUGCAGAACUGGAAGUUCUGGAUCUUCAGUAUCAUCAUCCGGCCCCUCUUCGAGUCUUUCAAUGGCAUGGUCUCCACAGCCAGCAUGGAGAGCCUCACCCAGACGUCUCUCGCCUGGCUGGACCAGCACUGCUCCCUCCCAGCGCUUCGGCCGA